AUGAUUUUUCAAAAAAUUCUUUUAUGCAUAAUUACCAUAUGAUAUCAGAUCCAUUAUAAUAAUCAGCCACUGGUAGAAAAAAUGCAAAAAGCUCCAACUCAAGUUAAAGUUGUCCUCCUGGGCGAUUCUGGUGUAGGCAAAUCCAGUCUUGUCUUGCGUUUUGUCGCAGACAACUUCAAAAAUGACGCAGACGCCACUAUUGGCGCAUCAUAUAUGGGGAAAAUCCUUCAGUUCAAUGAUAAGAUGAUAAUCCAAUUAAAUUAGUCUUUUGCUUAUAAAUAUAUACAUAAAAAUUAUCAAAUUCAUUAUAAUUUAAUAUAAAAUUCAAUAUCUGGGAUACAGCUGGACAAGAGAGGUAUCACAGUUUAGCUAAAAUGUACUACAGAGAUGCCAAUGCUGCUAUCAUGGUAUAUGACAUAACUAAAAGAGACAGUUUUGAAGGGCUCAAAAGAUGGCACAAAGAGCUUCAAGACUUCGGCCCAAAAGACAUAGUCGUCACAAUUGCAGGAAACAAAGAAGAUUUAGUUGAAACUGAAGCAGUUCCACAAGAAGAAGCGAAAGAGUAUGCAAAAAACAUUGGAGCUUUGUAUAGAAAAACGUCAGCUAAAACGAAUUAUGGUGUUGAACAGGUUUUCCGUGACAUUGCGACUAAAAUGUGCCCAGAUCUAGAAAAUCAAACUCCACAAGCAAAGAGAGGGACUAUAGUGGUACAGCCAAAUAAGCCUGCAAGCGAGAAGAAGAAAGGGUGCUGCUAA